AUGAAAUUCACCCUUAGUACCAUUACCAAAUGUUCCGGCCGGUUAGGCGUUCUGGGCGGCUUGGAUCGAUUGCCCAAUCUGACCCUCGCGACACCGGCAAUUAUAUUUCACACAAAGGGAGGCAGCAUACCGCAUCUAAGCAAAGAAGCCCUACAGCAUGUGUGCAAUGAACCGACCUUUUUGCAUCUUAGCAUUUCCAACACGCUUCACAUGGAAGAUGCGAUCCAAGCAAGCCGUAUGACGAUUGCAGAAUUUAUCGCACAAAACAACAGUGCCACGCUGCUGUUUCCUCGCGAUCCAAGUGAAAUUCCUAUCCCGGGUGUACCGGAGAAGGAUCUGGUGCCCAUGUACACAAGAAAUGGGCGAAGAAACAUUAGCUUGGAACAAUACAUGACGCUGGUUGAAUCGUUCCGACCCGACGCAUACGUGCCGAUGUACGAUGGUGAUACUGACAUGAAUAGUUCGAAGAAGCGUGAGCAGAAGUCUCUUGAUCGGACGGAAAAGUUUGUGGAGCUUUGCCUGGAAUGGCACCGUAAAUCGGACACCUUACAUUCGUGCUCCAUUAUCGGUCCCGUUGUCGGUGGGUAUAACGAAAAAUUGCGUGAAAAAUCAAUCGAGUGGCUGAGAAAAUCGGAUGAACUGUUUGCCGGGUACUUAAUCGAUGGACUGCACCUGAAUGGUCCAUCGGUGGCGCGUAUGGAUGGAACGGCCAUGCUACCGAUCGUCACAAACGUUUGCAAACAGCUGCCGGAGGGGAAGGUUCGCUUUUGUUUUGGUUCGUACGAUCCAUUGCUUGUGCUCGAGAUGGUCGCGGCGGGAGUGGACAUAUUUGAUACGAGCUACGUCUACCUGAAGGCGGCCCAGGAACAUCGUGCCUUGGUGUUUUCAUUCGAUGUCACCUCUACCGAGCAGCAUACGACCGAAUUAGACACUACCGACACACGAUGGGCGGAAGAUUUUGGUCCCCUGUUGGACGGUUGCCGGUGCUACACGUGCCAGAAACAUUCCCGCGCGUAUGUGCACCAUCUGUACAAUACGCGUGAAAUGCUUGGUCCUAUUCUACUUAUGAUGCAUAAUCUGCACCAUUACAUCGAGUAUUUCAAAACCAUCCGGGAGCACGUGCAAAACGAUACCCUGCCAGAGUUGAAGAAGCACUUGGCCAGACAGGAAAUUCUCCCACCAUAUGAACCAUCGAAAGAGGAUAAAAUUCUAACGCCAGCAGCGCAGAAAGACAUCGUCGAGGUAGCCGAAGAAUCACUCGACAAACAAAAUAAAAAACAACGUGCGUAA